AUGGCAGAAUUUCAUUACACAACAGUAGCUUUACUGCUAAGUACUCUCAUUGCAUGUGCGCCGCUCCCAGCCGUAUUUUCUCUACUGUAGAAAAAGCAUUAACUUGAUAUAGUGACCUGGGCUGCACAAUGCGGUACCAUCCCAAAAUACGGCAAAACAAAAGUCCUCGACGUCGCCAGUCCAGAAGAACUGAUAUCGAAGACUCGAGACUGCGAUUUAAGUAAUACGAGUAUUACUAUAGAACCCAGUCUCGUAGGCCCAUUCACCUUAAUUGGCGUUCCCAGCGUACUUGCCAUCGAAGACAACAGCAGCCAUUUACGCGAGAACUUCCAGGUGACAUCUCUCGACCUAAAUAAUGUGAAGAUCAUGCAAAGUCUCCAGUUAAGUUCCUCCCUUAAUCUGAGGUAUGUCGAGGCACCGGAUCUGGAAACCGUCUAUGAUAGAAUUUAA